UUCACUUAACCAGUAACACAUGAGUUUGGAAUGAAACGCUAAUGAAUACAUCAGAUAUUAUGGAUAUUUCUUGGCAAUAAAUAACUAAUAUAUGACGUCUAAAAGAUUUUAAAAGUAUACUAAGUAUGAAACUUUUUAAGAUUUAAAAUGGAUGUGGAUUUAUCUGAACUUGAUGACUGGUUAGGAACACUUGAAGAAUUACAGCUGGGUUUGGAAAAAGCGACAAAUCCCAACCCCGGAAAUUUCAACCCUCCUAAAACUCCAGACAGAUCGUCUACACAUGCUCACGUCAAUCAAAUUUUCCUUAGUCAACCUCCAAGUCCCAGUCUCCCAACAUCAUCAAUAACCACAUCUCAAUCGCAUUUGCACUCACCAUCAACAGCAUAUUGGCCAGGAAAUUCGUUCAGUCCAUCAUCACCUAAUCAUAGUUUACACGCUUCACAAAAAACAAAUUAUCCGCUCUCAUCAUCUUCAGUAAAUGAUAAUAGUAAUAACUUUAAUGCAAACAAUUUAUUAUCAUAUGCUACAAAACCUCCUGCUUCUAAUUGUUCAUCAACACGUCUGUUGAAUGGAAGUAAUGGCAAAACUCAACUACCAGUUCACAAACAGAUAUCCACUAAAUCAUCCAAUCACGUGUCUUUCAACCUACACAAUUCUCAAGAAGCUACAGCUGAACAUGAUUUGAGUAGUCUCCUUAGAGAACUUGAAGUGGUUGAAGAGAAAAUGAAAGAAUUAGAACAGGAAAAUAAUCAGUUCACUCGACGUUACAGUUUAGCUUCAUCCUCUAAUGGCAAACAUCCAACAUAUCCUGUUUCUGACAAAUCUACAGUAGAAACUUCAAACCCAUCAGUAAUAGUUAGUGAUCAACCUGUAAUUUCUUUAUCAGUGCCUGAUAGGAAAGAAAAUUUAAACAAAAGUAAUGGCUAUAUUUGUGCAGAAUGGGCAGCUAAAUUAAAUCAUGAUGAAUAUGAUCAUAAUGAUAAUAGUAGAUUUUUAAAGAAAGAUUCCUCACCCUCACCUCCUCCACCGCCGCCUGCAUUUCUUGGAGCUGGUGAUGCAUGUGCAAGCCCUACUAGUUCUCCGCCUAGUUCUUCAUAUUCCCCUCAUUCGCAAUUAAUCCAACAAUCAAAUGGUCCCUCACAAAUACCGCAAAAAUCUCCACAACGAAAUCAACUUAGAAGUGAUGAAUCAUGGUCUGUUAUUCAUGCGAACAACCCAAUGAAUGGAAUGAAACCACAUCAUUUAAACUCAUAUGAUGGUGGUUUAAAUGACAAAGAUAGAGAAACAAUUCAAUUACAAAGGACAACUCAAGUUCCAGUUUAUAAUUCUCAAUCGUAUCAAAAUUUUGAUACUCAGAAACAGCUUAUUAAUGAACUAAGAGGAUUAUAUCGAAACUCAAGUACAAAAACGCAACCAAAAUAUUCUUUACAACCCAAUGUAGAGAAACAGAUAUACUAUCCAAAUACUUCUCCAAUUUCAUCUCCUACACCAAAUUACCAAGCAAAUUCAAAUUCUUAUAUCCCUACAUCAUCAUCUGAUCAACAUGAAAUCAUCAAAACUAAUAUUAAUAACAAUAAUAAUAACUCGUAUGUUCGUUCUAAGCGUUCAGAUGUUUACCGCUCAUAUGGAUCAUUAACCACUAAUCAAGGUACAAACAACUCUGAUCCAGGAAUAAUGAAAGAACGUGACUGUGAAGAAAAUAUUACAGUCAAUGAAACUGGCUGUUGGACACCAGAUCAAGUUUUUACACGACGUGAUUGCCUUAAAGCUAAUUCAUUGGCCGCAAGGGGUGGUAGCGAUGGUUUAUCGAAUUCAAUGAGUCCAGAAAGCUCAUUAUCGGAUAAAUCAGGUUCAGAAGCUAAUGAACUAAACCGUCUUCAUAUGUCAGACAGUUCAGAGAGUAAUCAUGCUAACAAAUUAGUAGUACGUGUAUUUCGUCCGGAUAGAACAACUAAAGCAAUAUUAAUUGAACAUCAAAUGACCGCUGGUGAAGUGGCUACUAUGAUGAUUGAAAAGAAUUUUUUACAACCUUCAGUACAUUUAGCUUUGGUAGAAAAAGUUCCAGCUUUAAAAAUAGAACGAGUAUUUGAAGAACAUGACAUUGUGUCUGAUUGUAUUUUGUCUUGGCCAACAAAAAGUCAAAAUAUGAUCUUCUUUGAAGAACGACCGGAUCACUUUGGUCUUGUUGAAUCACCAGAUUAUUGGAUUGGUGAAGAAACCACUACAAAACAAGCUUUUCAUAGUGCAGAAGCUAUUCAAACAAUGUUGAAUAAUAUUGAUACCAGUGGUUUUCCAGAAUGGCGUGAUUAUUUGUUUAUACGUAAACCUGGUGAUAAAUCAUGGUCACGUCGUUUAUGUGUUUUAAGAAGUUCCGGUUUGUACACUUCAAAUAAGAAUAAAAAGUCAUUCUCAUCUACAGACCUUAUUCGUAUUCUGGUUUUGGAUGGACCUUUAAAACUUUAUACAACUACAGGAGGUUGGUCACGGAUGCGUGCACCUACUCCACACGGUUUCGCCUUCAAGCCCUAUUCUGCACAAGAUCCUUCUUCGACACAUGUGUUUUGCUUCUGUGCAACAGAUGAGAAAGCAUUACGUCAUUGGGUUAGUCGACUACGUGUUGCUAAAUACGGAAGACAACUACUAACCGAUUACCACAUGGCACUUAGUAGAGUUCACCAACUGAUUAGUCUACGCACUCAACUAAGUAUUAAUUCCAACCGUUCAAGUAAUAAUAUGAUAAGUUUGAACUUACAACCGAAAUCAUCUUUUGAUUAUCUUUCACAAUCGUCAUCAUCAAUACAUGUCCCAACAGCCAGUUCUACACGAAGUCUUUUAACUGCUAGUUCUUCUCCAUCAGUUUUCCCACGAGGCGAUCCACGUUACUCAGAAAAUCAACAUCAACAACAACAUUCAUGUAGUAGACAAUCAUUACAUCCAAAUAUUCAAUCAUCAUAUUCACCACGUCCUGUUUCUCCUUUAGGUAUGAGAGCAAGAAUGAUAACCAAUUCUGAGCAUCCUUGCCUUAUAAACAUGAAUCAUUCUUCAGGACAACUUAAAAACCAAGAUAAAUUCCCUCCAACUAUACAUAAUUCAUCAGAUAGAUAUAAAUGAUUAACAUCUUUCAACAUUUCAGUUAUCCUAUCAGUUAAUUUUUAAAAAAAUUCUCUAAAUUUAAGCAAUGAUAGAAUCAUAAUAUCAAAUGUAUAAUUUAAAUAGAACCCAUGCUUUUCGACUGAAACUAACAAAUUGCGCACAAACAUACACCUUUAAGAUCUCUCUGUAUUAAUUAGAAAAGAAGUUGAACUAAGUAAAUUGUUACUUUUUUACGUGAUCUUCCAUCAUUUAUGAUGACGAUCAACACUAUUUCAUUAUUUAUAAAUUUUCUUACAAAUAUGAUCAAUCCUGUUAAUAGCAAUUAUAAUUAUCAACACAAAUAUUCAAUCAGAUUUCAGUAACAGAGCAUUUUUUGAGAUAUUAGAGAAAUCGCUGUUUCUAUCUUACUGUACGUACAUAAAAAUUUUUUCUUUCUAUAUAAAACAUGAAGUUUGUGAUCAAUAACAGUAUUAUAAUUAUUUGAUUACUAAAGAUAUACUCUUGGUGGGAGAAUCUAACCUAAAAUAUUGAGGCCUCUGGUAUUUUUUAUCUCAAACAGUUAUAUAUAUUUAUUUCUUACAUGAAGUGGACAAUAUACUAAAAAUUGGCGCCAAUUUGUUUGUUACUUUUUUCCUACUGAAUAAUACUAAUUAACCUUUCAAUUAUAGAUAUUUUCUCUUAUCUUGAAUUACUAUCAAUUUGUAUUACUCUACCCUCACAAGUUUACAUAUUUCUUUUUCAUAAAUUUAUUGUUUACUGCUGAGAUCUGAUUUCAACUGUAUAUUUAUAGUUUCAAUGGAAAUUAAUCAAUGUUGAUAAAGUUUCAUUUGGAAAGGAGACUAUUGUUUAAUGAUACAUAUAUAAAUAUUUAAACAAUGUAUAACAUAAAUCAACUUAAAAUGAUAUUGUGAUUAUUAUUAUUACUAAUAUAGACUCUAUUCUCAUCAGGUCCAUUGUUUCAGAAACAUAUAAGUGAAUAAACGUAAUUGACAAAGAGUGAUCAUAGUUUCCUUUUUAAAAACAAAAUAAAUAAAACAUCUUUAGCAUUUAGACACUGUUUAUUUAGCUUUCUUUUUUCUCUCUCUUUAAUGUACAGCCUCAUUGUCCAAAACUUAACAAACAAAUAAAUCAGUGGUCCAAUAAGAAUUUGAUACUAAUCGUAUUUUUGUAUGUUUAUAGGUAAUAUGAGGUGAUAAGUUGUUAGGAUUAGAGUCUAUUAUUAAAAAUAUAGAGUAAUGGUAGAUACUCAGUCAUUUACCUUCGCUAUUUCGUGAAUGACUCAGUCACUUUGAUUCGUAAAAUGAACGAAGUAUGAUCUAGUGAAUUACAAAUCAAUUAUCUGAACCUAUCCUUCACAUCGAAAAUAAAAAAAGCCGUCUAUUCCAUGUCUUAUGAGCCAAUGAGUACACACUGCUGAGGAGUUACAAACUAUAAAAUGGCUUUUUAAUAAUUUUUUGCUAACAAGCUGACAUGAAAUUAUGGUGAGAACUCUUUCUGUAUUGUAUCGCAGUUCAUCUAACUAAAUGUGAGAUUUAUGUUAAUAGAAAUUUAAUAUGCGAAAAUACAUUUAUAGCAAUGAAUUUAUCAUA